UAUCAACUACUGCAACAUCAUCAAUCAGUCAUACCACCUGCAGUGAUGCAACAACUACGAAUUCUAACACAAACACCACAGCAUUCCUAACAGCCACUAGCUGCAGCGGCAGCGGCAAUGACAGUGUCAACAGCGUUAGUGGCAUAAUCUCUACUUCAACGCCACAUAAGCGUUGUGAUGCUGCAGCUGAAUUUAGCUGUGGAGGCAGCGAUGGCAGUAAGUCCGCCGCCGCCAUGGGUGAUGCGCCCAACGCUUCGUUACGGGAAAUGCUAGAUGCUGCCUUUAAUCCGGACGAUAGCGUUGCCACAACAUUUAAUCCGCCGGGCAGUCGCAACUUGAGCUCCAUUUCAGCGCCGGCUAGCUUUAACAAAUCUUCCUCAACUAAUAACUCAACGGGAAGCCCGGUAGCAAAACGUCACCUGAGCGCCACCGCACAUGCACGCAUGCGCCCACAAUCAAGUUACUCGGCACGUGCGCUGGUUUUUGAUGAUUCCGAUCAGGAGUUGGGCGCGAGUGGUGGCAGUGGCAGCGGCGGUGGUGGUAGCCCACGUAUCAACAGCAAGCAGGAAGCAAGUGUGAACGCUGCUAAGUCAUCAACUGGGUUGGAAAUUUUGACGGCGUCGCCGAAAGCAGCUGGCGGGGAUAAUAGUGCCAGCAACUCAUCGUUGACAACAUCGGUGUCGUUGUUGCGUAACUCGAACCUGACCAAGUCGUCUUCGGGUGGGCUUUCGGGCAGUUCAGUGUCAUUGCCGGGCCGCAGUUAUAAUGCGCUAUUGCGUAAGAUCUCCUACCAGCAUGGAUACUCCAUGCGAUCGUCGAGCAAUG